AUGGAUGCGCAGGAGAUGGAGAAGGAGAGGGAGCUCGGGGGGACGGAGAAGAGCUGGUGCAAGGCGGUGCCGGGAGGGACCGGCAUCAUGGUCGUCGCCGUAGCCAUCUCCAGGCCUAUCGAGCUCUCCUUUCUCCGAACGGCGCUGCAGAAGCUCCAGGACUCCAAUCAGAUUCUCCGCGCCAAGCUUCCUCUCCAGAGAGGCGUCGAGUCCUUCACCAUCUCCCUCGCUCCCUACGUCGAGAUCGAGUCCUUCGACGCCGUAGAGACCUCCGAGAUCCUCAGCCGCCGGAUCGGCGCCUCCGGAGAGGUUUCCCCUUUCGAGCGCCUCGUCGAGCACGAUCUCAAUCGGAAUCCGUGGGCCGUACAGGCGGGAUCCUCUGCAGCGGCGCCGGCGCCGGUCUUCUUUGCGGCGACGUACGCGGUGCCGGAGUCCGAGACGACGAUCGUCUCCCUCCGGCUGCACUCGGCAGUAUGCGACCGUACGACGAGUUCCUCCGUCCUCUGGUGGCUCCUGGGGCUCUUGGCGGAGAUCGAGGACGGCGACGGUGGCGAGAGGACGGCUCAUCCGGGGAUCGAGGAGAUGACGAUAAUGGCGACCGCCGGGAAGCCUUUCUGGGCGCGGGGCCGGGACAUCCUCGGCUACUCCUUUAACUUCACGAGGUCCGCCUGCCUCCCCUUCCAAAACACCGCCUUGCCUAGGUCGUCGGCGAUUGCCAGGAUGGUGCUGACUGCCGCGGAAACCUCCGACCUUCUCUCCGUCAGUGCUCUCUCUCUCUCUCUCUCUCUCUCUCUCGCUCGCUCUCGUGUGGCAGCGUGAAUUUUCCGUGGAUUUGUGGAUCAUAUUCAACGAAUACGUUUUUUUCGGAAAUUGCUGUUGAUAAAUAUCUGAUAUAAUUAAUUAGAUCUUGCCUUACAACAAACGUAACGAGAUUUUCGUAACAUUAUUCGAACAGAGAUUGGAAUGAUUUUAAAAUAUGAUUACAUUUGUUGUUGUUUCAUUCUGAUCCUCUUCCCGACCGCGCAGGCCUGCAAAUCUAGAGGCGUGAAGCUCUGCGGGGUCCUAACGGCCGCCAUGCUGCUCGCGGCCCUCUCUUCCAAGCACCUCCCCGCCGGCCGUUCGGAGUCCUACACAGUCAUCACCAUGAUCGACUGUCGGAAGUUCCUCGACCCCAAGCUGGACAGCCUCGACCUCGGUAUGACGAUUUCAAACGUCCUCUUCGAAGCCGGAGAUGGCGGACGGAUCGAGAUCCUGACACGAAUCCAUCUUCGAUCCUCUCCUGUUGGUCAGGCUUCUACAACUCCGCGAUACAGAACGCCUACAGCGUCCGCGAGGGCGAAGAUCUCUGGGAGGUGGCCGACAGAUGCCACGGCUCCCUCUCCAAGGCGAUCGACGGCAACAGGCACAUAACCGACAUGGCGGACCUUAACCUGCUCAUGCGCAAGGCCAUCGACAACCCGAUCCUCACGCCGUCGUCCUCCAUGAGGACCGCUCUCCUCUCCGUCUUCGAGGAGACCGUCGUCUACGAACCCUGCCAUAUCUACCGCCGCGCCGGCGUCGAGGAAUUCAUCGCGUGCUCCUCCGUCCAUGGGGUGGGGCCCUCCGUCGCCGUCUUCGACUCCAUCCGCGACGGCCAGCUCCAGUGCGAUUGCCUCUACCCCACCCCGCUCCACUCCCGGGAGCAGAUCCAGGCGCUGGUGGACCACGCGAAGAGCAUCCUUGUGGGGUAG